GGGCGGGUUUUGGGUGAGGAGGCGGAUCGCUCCUGCGCGCCAUAGCCUGAGUGCUUGAGACGCCCCUGCUCCAUUCGCCGACUUCCCCCGGCAAAGAAGAACACAAAAAAGAAAAGGGGCCGCUGAGAAAGAGGUGGGGGAGAAGAGGAAGAGGAGAGGUGUGGAAGAAGAGCAAGAGAUGGCGGCUUCAGCGACGAUGGCUGGCGUGUCCCUGACGCGUGGAGGCUCCAUGGUCGACUCCUGUCUUCCAGUUGGGCGAGCUCGUCGUGCCUUGCGUUCGCAGUCCACGCCUGCAUUGCCAGCGGGAGUGCCGAGCCAUCUCUUCUCUGGACACGUGUCGACUUCGAAAGAAACGGGGACCACCCAGGUUUUAGCGAGGUGUGAGGCUGCACAAGGUGAUACACAAGAUGCUUCUACAACAGGAAGACGUGGAACCCUAGUGGGACUCUCGGCAUUGGCAGCUGCUGCAUCGGUGUGGUCCCCCCCUCUAUUUGUUGGAGUCGAUGCAUCAGCAAGCGCUGCCGAUUUGACUCAGAGAAUCCAAAGAGAUGAGUACCGCGGUGGGUUGCAAACAAAGUUGGUCAAUCUCGUAGACAAUAAUCCAGACCUUGUUUCAGAUCUGAUGAGGCUGGCCUUGAAUGACGCAUUGUCGUUUGACAAGGCAUCGAAAACUGGGGGAGCCAAUGGCAGUAUUCGCUUCAGCGACGAACUUGCACGCCCUGAGAAUGCAGGAUUAGAGAAGGCCGUCGCAGCGCUCGGGACAUUGAAAGAGGCAUUUGAUGCUGGGAAGAAGGGAGGUCCUGUUGCCUGGGCUGACCUCAUCCAGUUUGCUGGCAAGGCAGCUGUGAGGCAAAUGUUCCUCAACGCAGCAAUCGCCAAGGCUGGGGGAGAUGUCAGCAAAGGCAAGCAGCUUAACCAAGCCUUUGGAUCUUCGGCACAGUGGGGUCAAUUCAAUAAGGCAUUUGGACGGACAGAUGCCACAGAAGCAGAUCCGGCUAACAGGGUGCCCGCUCCUGAUUCUUCACCAGCAGAAUGGAAGGAGAAGUUUGCUGCAGUUGGGCUUAAACCGAGACAGGUGGCAGUUAUGUCCGCAUUCCUGGGACCUGACCAGGAGGCAACGGAGAAGAAGUUAAUGGAAGAUCCAGAAAUUGCCCCGUGGGUGAAGAAGUACCAGAGGAGCAGAGAAACUGUGUCACAGACAGACUAUGAGGUGGAUCUUAUCACAACUUUGACAAAGAUUUGUGUUUUGGGUCAAAGUAUUAAUUAUGAGGCAUACACUUUCAAAAUUCCAGUGAAAUUGAGGCUUUAAGAAGCCUUAACUUUGAAGUCUCGUUAUAUACUCACAAACUAGGGACUUUUCCAGAGACAAAUCUUUGGAUGCAAUUGCUGUUGGAAGUUCAGAUAUGUCCAGGUUCAUAUGUAAUUGUUACAGCCAGAUGCACCCAGGAAGUGUUAGUUCAAGGAUUCUCUAAGUCUCAUAAAGGCAAGCACACUUAGCUGAAAUAGUGUCAUGCAACAACAUCGAUAACUCUGACGAAGUUCAAAAGAUGUAUUUUUUUAUAGUGCAAAGUUUGAUGUUCGUGGCUUAACUAUGGCAAAAGAAGUUCAAAAGUUGUAACUCUUCGAGAGCGAUGUGCACUGCAGUUCAAAGUUAAAACUUUUCUUAUGCUUGACCAUGUAUGAAGGUUUUUAUAGCAAUGGUUUCAAUGUUUUAAACCAUAACAUGCGUCGGUAACUUCCGCCAAAAAGUAACUUUUUCAAGAGCAAAGAUGAAAUGUUGUACCUCUUCGGUGGCAAAAGAAACUCAGAAGUCGCAAUUUUUCUGAAGCAAUUAGCAUUGUUGUCAGAAGUUACAACUUUCCUUGUAGUUGGCCAUGUAUUAAGCAACUUUGUAGAGUAGUGGUUUCUUUUUUUCCAACUUUUCUUUGCUUUUCUGAACUGGUUCAAAGUUUUAAGUCUAAACCUUGAAAGUUAUGACUUUCGCAACCCCAAUGGUGGGAAUAGUACACUUGAAGUUAAUGACUUCUCUUGACCAAUGUUUUGAGUUUCAGGCGUUGGUUCAAUGGUUUAUAUUUUGUGUAGGAAUUCAAACUCAAACAUCAUGGUUUUCUUCCUACCUCCAAAGUUACAACAAUUCUGAACAAUACUAGCUCACGUCAGUAGUUAGCGACUUUGUUUCUUUUCUUUCAAAGCCACAAAAUUUGUUACGAUUGUGCCUUAACUUUCAACCAGAAUAUCCCUUCUCCUUUCCUCUUACUUCGUUAGCGAUGCAAAGUUCUAAUCUUUAAAAAGUUUUGUUUUUUUACGAGCAUACUGGAACUUCAACUUUCUUCACCAAAGCGCGCUCCAAACUAUAACAAUUUUUCUUAAGUUCGAAUAGAAAUAUAGUCCCACCUCUUUUCUGGCUCCCUAAAGAACCCCCACAAGUGGUUAACCUGGGCAUCAGGAAGUACAAUAUUAGGAUAGGAACGAUGAGGCAUUACAGGCUCUUUUUCUUUUGAUUCUUUGUUUUUAUUUUUUUUCUUUAGCGUUUACGGACUGC